UUAAACCUUGUUUUGUACAGAGCGCAUGCACGUGUUCUUCUGUAGUUAAUAAAGUCCUCAAUCAACUUUAUACUGGUUUAAUAACAGAUAUUGGAAAAAAUAAAAUAAAAAAUAAAAUAAAAAAGCGAGCACACUCUCAUUGCUCUAUACAGGGUUCCGACUAUCAUGGAAAACCUGAAAAUAUCAUGGAAUAUUACAAAAAUAAUAAAAGUCUAGUGAAUCGUUAUUUUGUGUCUAUUUUUGUCAUUAUUGCCGUGAUCGAGGAAAUGAACUGGGCUGUCCUGUAAUUCGCCGAUCCAGUUUCAGAUGAAAAUCGUGUACACGCGCGUAUUCGCGAGACCGCGACUUCGGAAUUCUGCCAUAUGUGCGGGUCAGAUGACUCUUCCACCAGCCGUGUGUAAAGCGCGGCUCUAACAGUAGAUGGGGUUAUUUGUCAGCUGUUAUUAGUGGUGGAUCCCAGUUUAUUGUGCUUUGAGAGCCCACGCAUGAGCAAGCCCAAAAACGUCACUGUACUCUGGAAACAAGCCCAAAAAACCGCAACCCGCGACUUAAGCGGACAUGGCAAUACUGGCCUGACUCUUCAGUGAAACCCACAGCUUGAAGUCUGAGCGCUUGCCUUGCAGGUUAUCUGCUGCUGCUGCUGGACCCGCCCAGGAAACUGAAAUGAGGCCAGACAUCGGUAUGAAGGAAGCGGCGCACGAGACCUGAAGAUCUGUGCAACAUCGGUCACGGUUUUUGGCAGACGUUGUUUGCAGCGCGAGGCCCGACUGACACGCACAGUCGCAUUCGGCACAAGACGGAGUUCAAUAAACCGUGCUUAACGGGCUCAGGACGCUCUGCGGGGAUUGCGUUCUGCCUUUCUUUCUUUUUUUUUCUUUCUUUUUCUUUCUUGUCAGACAAUUACACAGACCCUUAGACUACAUGUCAGUGUCGCGCGAGUGUCAGAGAUAUAUAAACGCUCGUGCUGGAAUUUAGAGUGCACGAGGAAUUUUAUCCGGGACCACCGUUAUGGACCACGAUGACCUGGAUCCAGAGGCUUCGGAUUCCCCCGUGCACGGAAUUCACGGGGAGCACCGGCCCAGGCCCUCCUCUUACCGGGCGCUGCGCAGCGCCGUGUCCAGCCUGGCACGAAUAGAUGACUUUAUCUGCGAGAAGAUCGGCUCAGGUUUCUUCUCAGAGGUGUUCAAGGUGCAGCAUCGUAUCACAGGACAGGUGAUGGCUCUUAAGAUGAACACUAUGGCCAGUAACCGAGCCAACAUGCUGAAGGAGGUACAGCUGAUGAACCGCCUCCGACAUCCCAACAUACUCAGGUUUGUAGGAGUGUGUGUACAUGAGGGACAUCUCCAUGCUCUAACAGAGUACAUUAAUGGUGGUAACCUGGAGCAGCUGUUGAACAGUGAUGUGUUCCUCACCUGGUCUUUGAGAAUAAGCCUCAGUAUGGACAUUGCCAGAGGACUGCAGUACCUCCACAGCAAGGGCAUAUUCCACAGAGACCUCACGUCAAAGAACUGUCUGGUUUGCUGGGAGAACGGGCACUGUAGUGUGGUGGUGGGGGACUUUGGUCUGGCAGAGAAAAUUCCUGAUCACAGUAAUGAGGUAGACAAACAGACCUUGGCUGUAGUCGGCUCCCCCUACUGGAUGGCUCCGGAAGUGCUUAGAGGAGAACGCUAUGAUGAAAAGGUGGAUGUAUUUGCCUAUGGUAUCAUUCUGUGUGAGAUCAUUGGCCGGAUUCAGGCAGAUCCUGACUUCCUGCCAAGGACAGAGGACUUCGGCCUGGAUGUGGAGGCCUUUCAGCAGAUGGUGGGAGACUGUCCUCCCCAUUUCUUCAACCUCGCUGUCAUCUGCUGCAAUAUGAAUCCAGAGGGUCGGCCCUCAUUCACAGAGGUGGUCACAGAGCUGGAGAAAAGAGUGAGUGAUAAAGAGCAGCGUGAAUAUAUGGAGCCUGAUGUUCAGGACCUGUUGUCCCCAAGCACAGCAUCUUCCAGCCUAAAGCAUUCUCUAGACAAUCCUGCCGACACCCGUCUCUGUCGCAGCAAGUCAGAUAUGCUUCCCCCUCCCCUGACACAGGCCACACCAAUGCGCGUCAACCCUUUCUCCCAGCGCCAAGACCUCAAUGGGGGCCGCAUCAAGCUCUUCGACACCCCCAGCAAGUCUGUCAUUUCCCUCACCUUCACUCUCCCCCCUCCCCCUGAUCCCUGCAGCCUCGCCUCCAGUGUCAAGACCACACCCUCUUUCCAUAGACGUACCCAAUCACUGCCCUGUACACCAGAAGAUAUCCAGUCUUUAUGCAGCAGUGGUGACAAUGACAAAAACAAGAAUAAAAAAAGUAUUAUGGACACAGAUGUUUUGGAACUGAGUACAAAUCAGUCAAAUCCAGUCAAUUGCAGUAUAUUGGACAUGGGGAGGGACAGUGUACUGACCAUGAGCAAUGAGAGUAUUCUUGACUUGUCUAAUAACAGUGGGCUUGUUGAUACACCCACUGAGGGCAUUAGGCAUUCAUACCCUGAGACGGACGAUGAGGAAGAGAAUCUUGAAGUUGUAGCUGACGAUUCUGGCCUCCCGUUGUAUUUAGAGUUAAUGUCUAAUAGUUUAGAGGAGCCUAUGGACUGUACCAGCUCUCCUGAUACACCAGUUGGUGCUGUUCCUAUUUCACCCAUACUCUUCUCCAAUAGCUGGAGCUCUCCUGUCUCUAACGGACCGCCCUCUUUGCCACCAUUGUUAGACAACAACAGCACCAACCCUGUAACUCGAUCUGUAGGAUGGGGCAUUAACAGCUCCCACAGCGCCACAACCCCUCUUACUCCACCAGAACAGGAUGAGGUCAUAUCCUGUCCAGGUUGCUGCCUAGCAGGAAUGAGUUUCCCCUCCAUUUGUGUACGUGGACCUCGACAAAACCUUAACAAGAAAUUGAAUGGUGAUUCGGCGGGGAAAAGGCUUUUGUGCAAAGCGUUGCCACCCUCACCGACAGAGCCAAACAUUGCUCUGCCUGGCACUCGGACAUAAUGAUGAUGACGUGUGAUAACUGCAUGUGAUAUAGAUGAUACCUUCAAACGGAUGCUACUGCUUAAUGUGUUGUCUUAACUAAAGCUGAAAAAUGUCAUUCUAGAGUAAAAAAAUAAAAAUGCUACAGAUGAUUUGUUAGACUAUGUGGGUCAUUUGUAGCCUUCUGAUCCAACUGAAAUGCCUUAGUCCUCUGAACUUGAACACUGCCUUCCCAAUGACAUGUAUUGUCAAUAUUUUUAUUUUUUAAAUUAUUUGAAAGUUUAUGAAAAUACUUUAUGAAUGGAAAAAAAAUAGUCAGAUGUAUUAUUUUAUUAAUUACAUUA